AAUAUACAACUGGGGAGGGAGGAGCACCUCUGACUUCAGUGUCAUUUCAUUUCCUGGCUAACAAAACGAAACAAAAACCCAAAACUCCCAAUAAUCGAAAUUUCCGCAUUUUUUUUUGGUCCGGACACAUUAAUGACAACUACCAGCAAACCCUACGCCGACAUGGACGACGGCGAGCUGCCCAAACUGGAGCCCAUCAUCAACGCCCUCAAAUGCGAGCAGACGGGCCACAUCAUGGAGGCCAUCCUGCUGUACGAGGAGAGCAUCUUCCGGCUGACCCAGAUGGCCGAGGAGGAGCCGACCCGGCGGCAGUUGUGCGGCAAGUACCUGAAGAUGUACGAGGCGCGGGCCAAACAGCUGCGGGAACAGGUGAAGGGCCACUUGCACUCCAGCCGGAUGCUCGACCACAUCAGCAUCGAGCGGGGUGCGAGGGGCCGGAGCUACCAGCGGCUGUUUGGCCCCUACUUGGACGACAGUGUCAGGGAGGCCCAUCUGAACGAGCCGCAUCUCACCGAAUCCCACCACUUUCGCAACCUGCUCCACUUCUUCGAGGUUCUGGUGAAGAACUGUCGCUAUCUGAAGUACAUUCGGCUCACCACCCGGCCGGAUCCAGGGUCCCCGAAGAACCAGCUGCACAUCCUGCAGCAGAUGAAGAGCGACUUGGGCAGCGGCAACAUCCAGAUGAACUUCCAGAUGGACGACAGCCUGCACGACCGCAAGAUCGUCCUCAGUUCGGGCGUGGUGAUCAAAAUCGGAAGGGGCCUGCACUAUUUCGAGCCCGUGGAGAGCUCGUAUAGCCUGGGACUCUGCGACUUUGAUUUCCGCAAGUGCCUCGCCACGGAAGUGGACAUCUGGAAGUGCCGGGCCUUCGCCAAGCGACCGAAGGACACAGGUGACAGCGAGUCACAAGACGCCAAGGAGGAUCGCAGCAGCGACAGGGCCGAGGGCCGAGCAUACUCGAGUGAUUAGAGGAGCCCGAGGGAGCGGGUAGUUUCACAUGGCUAUUGAAAAUUGGGUCAGUCGGCGAUAAGGCCACUGGCAAGUGGUGGAGAAAAUCAAUAAAGCAGCAGUUUGUUAAUCUUUAA